AUGGCGAACAAGGAUGUAUCCCCGGAAACUCUGCCCACAGGCGACGAUGAAUUCGAGCCUACGGUUGAGAUGAUGAUGGAUGACUUUGAUGAUGAACAGACAAUGGAAGAUGAGGAAUUACAAGACGAUGUUGAUGCUGAUACUCAGGCGGAAGAACUGGCCCUACUUGAAGAAGAAGGAGACAUGCCACUAGAACAAUUAAUGGCUAUGUAUGGAUACGGCGAGACUGCUAAAUCACAGCAGAAAGACGAAAGCUCUGGAGAGGAGGAUAAGAAAGGCGUUGUUACGGCAUCAUUCCAUAAAAUAGAUGAACCUGAAAUUAAGACUGGCGAGAAACGGAAAAGGGACAACGAUGAUGAAUAUGUAUCAGAAAGUGCUGGUAGUGGAAGUGGCUCCGAUAGCCGAGAUUUAGUUAACAUGUAUAAUCAAGCUGAUGCCAACAGUGAUGAAUCCGAUGAAAGUGAUUCAGACUACGAACCGUUGGAGUGGAAGAAGGAAAUUCGUGUUGGCCCUGAGUAUCAAGCCGAAAUACCUGAGUAUACCUUGAAAUCUGAUAAAAAGAGUAUCCACCCAGCACUAGGAGUGGUUAAAUAUCUUUCAAAAUAUUGCCAGCCAUCCCCUGAUGUUGAAGGCAUCACCACCUUGCCAUUAGGCAAUCAUAAUAAAGACGAUGAUAAAGCGCUGUUCAUUUUGCUCCAAAACAAUUUUGAUGUAGAUAAAGCAAUUAAUCAUAAAGAACAUUUUACUGGAGAAUGUCUAAGUGAUUCAAGGUUGAAACUUUGUGGGAAGAACUUCUAUCAGAUUCGUCAAAGCUUAUUACCGACGCGCUCUGUUGGUGAAAUCGUACAAUUCUAUUACCUAUGGAAAAAGACAGAACGCUAUGAUGCGUUUACUAUGCAGUUAAAUAACGGAAAAAGGAAAGGAUAUUUUCAGCCUGGUGUCACCGACUACAUGGACAGAUUUCUUGAUGAGAAUGAGGUUGAUGCUCAUUUGAAUCCAUAUGAACGGGCACAACCUCUUAAUCCAUCAGAGCCUCUGAAUAAUAAUGUGAUUGCUGGUGGUAGUCUCAGCUCUCGCUUUCCUGUUGGUCUGCGUGUACCUAAUGUGCAUAAACCUGAUAACUAUGCAUGCGAUGAACAAAUUAUCUUGAAUGACCUAUAUCACCAGGGAUCAACAGAAGAUUUAGAAGAAAGUAAUUUCUAUGAACAGACAGAAGACAACCAAGGAUCUUUAACUCUCGUGAAAAAUUUCGAUUCAGAAACUACAACGCAGCAAGAUUCAACAGUUCCCACUGCUGACUGA